UUCAGAAUUGCAUCACAGUAUGACUCAUAAUCUGUUCCUGCACAAGAGAAAUCUAUUCAGAUCUUCGAUAACCAGCGACACAGCGACUAGCAGCAGAUAGCAGCAGUUCCCAGCGAUCAGUAUUUCUCUUGUACUCCUGGACAUUACCAUCUGUAGUAGAAUGAACCACAAAAUGACGGCCGCACUGUAUGUGGGUGAUCUGCACCCCGAGGUGACGGAAGAAAUGCUUGCGAGGACGUUCAGCCACGCAGGCCGCAUUCACUCCAUCCGGAUCUGCAGGGACUGGAAGACCCGCUCCUCACGCGGCUACGCUUUUGUCAACUUUCAGCAGCGGGCCGACGCUGAGCGAGCAAUAGAAAUGUUUCAUUUUGAGCUCCUUAUGGGACGGCCUAUGUGCGUCCAGUGGUCUCAGAGGGAUUCAUCCCUGAGGAACUCCAGCAUUGGAAAACUGUUCAUCAAGAACCUGGACGAGUCGAUUGACACCUUGGCCCUUUUAGACACCUUCUCGGCCUUUGGGAAGGUCCUGUCUUGCAAGGUUGUAGGUGACGAGAACGGGUCGAAAGGCUACGGCUACGUCCAUUUUGAGUCUGCAGAGGCAGCGGAUUUUGCGAUGAACAGGCUCAACGGCAAACUGUUGAACGACCGUAAAGUCUUCAUUGAGCACUUUAAGUCCCGUGGGGAGCGCGAGGCUCAGGCGGGCCGCUGGGGCAGGAAGCCGGUGUACGUGGGUGUGGCCCAGCAGAAAGAGGAAUAUCAGGUUUACCCUGCCCAUCAGAACAGGCAGAGGAUGGCGAGCAUGCAGGCUCAGAACCUGGCUGUGUCUUACACCCCCAGCCAGAAGGUCGAGCCCUGCCCGGAUCUGCUCUGGACUGCCCAGACCAUCCACUCACAACAUGUCCAGAAUAUACCCGAUGUGGUUCAACCUGCACGGGUGCAUCAGCAGACCAGUGGCACCAUCACAUCAACUAGUCAGGCACCAUGUUUGAACGAAGAGUGUAUAACCAUCAUUACACCAACAACUGAUGGUACUGUUCCAGUGGCAGACACAGUGCCAGCUGUAGAGACAGUUCCACCUGUAGAUAGUGUCCCAGCUGUAGACACUCUUCCAGGUGCAGACACUCUUCCGUCUCUGGAAAGUGUCCCCGUUGUAGAGACAGUUCCACCUGUAGAUAGUGUCUCAGAUCUAGGUUCAACUGCAGAUGAGGUUCCAGUUCCACCUCAAGCUCCAGAUGCAACUGAAAUGCCUUCUGCAUCCAUCAGUGAAGUGCAGCAGCACAAGGACACAACGGAUGUACCCAAAUAUCCACCAGCUGGGAAGCGUCUGACUAUCUACAUGUUGGAGUCAUCUCAUUUAGACGACCAGAUGCAGAUGGCGCACGAUCACCUGUUACCUCUGAUCGAGGAAAUCCACCCGACUCAGGCUAACAAGAUCACCUGGAUGCUUUUGCAGGAUGCGAACAAUUUUGAGGUCAUAGACAUGAUUGCAUAUCCUGAGCUCCUGCGUACCAAGGUGGAUGAAAUGGACGCACUCCUGAAGGCCAGGGAAGCUGGAUACAAGCCGGAAACCCUGAAGAUGUCAUUAAACAACAACAACAACAACAAAAAGAACAACAAGAAGCGAAAGAAUAAAUACAUUACAGUGCAAUAAAACACUGCAACCAAUUUGCACAUAUUAACAAAAAAUGUUUUUUUCCAGUUUUCACCAAUAUCAACAAUAAAAACCUGCUUAAAGAACUCCCAGUGUGAAUGACGUGAGUCUGGUCUGAUGAAAAAGAGAUAAAAGAGAUGGAAAAGAGAAAAACAGUUUUACAAGCGGAGAUGAUCCUGAGUGGCAUCCCCUUGCUCCCUACUCAAAUCUAGCCCUGGGCAUAAACACGAUUGUGAUUGCACCAUUUUAUGGCAAGUACUGUAGCACAAGAAUCCCAACGAAAUUCUCUCUGAGAAUAAAAAGAAAAGCUCAGUCUAAUGGCUAAUUGGUAGGCUGGCACUGCCAAGCAGCAUCGCCCAACAGAAAUACCCAGGGAAGCAUUGGCAGUCUUCAGAAGUGCAGGCUUUUUGGCAUUUUUCCCUGUGAGAAAGUAUCUGCAGGAUGUGGAGUGCAGAUUCUGGAUGAGGGGAUCAAUUAUUAACAGCUUCACGCAAAGUGUCAUUUAUCCGCACCACUUUCUGUCUUCACCUCACAUGCUCUCUUCCUUUCAGCCAAAGUUUUACUCUGACUGGUUGCAAUUAAACUGGCAUUCUGCUACCGUAAUAGACGUUUUAUUGUGUUAGUGGCAGGACAAUAAAGAUCUGUUCGCUCUC